AGGCCUCACCUGUCAGGUUGAAACUCCAUGAAAACAUUUAUGACUAGAUACUAAAGCGAAAUAGCGUCAUGAACUCUCCGUUCACGUUCUCCCCCGUCAGACCGGGGUUUCACAGGCUGGAGAUCCAGAAGACGACGUGGGACGUCCCGGAGAGGUACACGGCGCUGCAGGCGGUGGGCUCCGGAGCUUACGGGACAGUCUGUUCUGCCAUUGACCAGAAGACUAAGGAGAAGGUGGCCAUCAAGAAGCUGUAUCGACCCUUUCAGUCCCUUCUCCAUGCCAAACGGGCAUACAGGGAGCUCAGGCUGCUCCGCUACAUACAGCAUGAAAAUGUGAUCUGCCUCCUCGAUGUCUUCACACCCGACCCCACGCUGGAAAAGUUUCAAACCUUUUAUAUGGUAAUGCCUUUUGUAGCCCAGGAUCUGGGCCACAUUAUGAAGAAGCGGAGAUUAACUGAUCGCAUCAUCACAUACCUGUUCUACCAGCUUCUAAGAGGACUCAAGUAUAUUCAUUCUGCAGGGAUCAUUCAUCGGGAUCUGAAGCCUGGUAACCUUGCAGUGAGUGAGAACUGUGAAUUAAAGAUCCUGGACUUUGGCCUGGCAAGACACACAGAGAGUGAAAUGACUGGGUAUGUUGUGACUCGCUGGUACAGAUCACCGGAGGUCAUAUUCAACUGGAUGCACUACAGUCAGACAGUGGACGUCUGGUCAGCUGCCUGCAUCCUGGCUGAGAUGAUUACUGGCCAGGUGCUUUUCCCAGGACAGGACAGUAUUGACCAGCUGAAGAAGAUCCUCAAUCUGACAGGAACACCACCAACAUCCCUGGUUCAGAAGAUGCAGAGUACAGAUGCACAAUCAUAUGUGCGAAGCCUUCCUCCACAAAAGAAGAAGAACUUCAAUGAAGUGUUUCCAUCCAUGGAUAGAAAUGCCGUAGACCUGCUCGAAGGGAUGUUGCUGCUGGAUCCAGAGAAAAGGUUGACAGCUAAGCAGGGACUGUCCCACCCCUUCCUGGCUGAAUACCAUGACCCAGAGAGCGAGCCAGACUCUGAGCCUUAUGACGAUUCCUUUGAGAACCUGGAGCUCGUUGUCGAGGAGUGGAAGAGUCUUAUCCAUAUGGAGAUCAUGACCUUUGACCCUGACAACCCAAGUAAAACAGCAGUGUAGAACGCUAUGAUAUGCUGGUUCCUCUGUAAAGGUCAACAACACUGUAACGCUCUGAGAAACAAAACAGAAAAACUGGAUGAAAUAUAUUUAGUCUUUUGAUUUUCUGAUGUUUUGAGGUUAAAAUAAAUUUUACAAAUUUUACCAUGCUUAUGGUAUGGUGGCCUGUACAGGACAACAAAAAUCAGAGUCCAAGACGUUACGCUAGCAAUAAUGUCUUAUUUUGUAAUAAACAGACUUGAAUUAAAUGUGGAAGAGCAGCUUGCCUGCACCUCAGAUUUGAUAAAAACUUUAAUCACUGAUUUAUAAAAUGCUGUUUUCUCAUUUCAAUAAUUGCAGAAUGUAUUGACAAUUUAACGUCCACUUACUACCCCUUUUCUGAGUCUUUCAAGUCUUUCCAAUUCAUGUUUUUUUGUCAGAAGAACAUCUUUAUUCAUUACAUAUUCUAUUAAUUUGGUGAUAGACUGUAGGAUGAUGUUGAACCCUAUGAAAAAAGUGCCCCUUAACUCACAAAGAUUAUUUAGUCAAACUUCUAUUUCUAAGGUCAAGGGUAAAUGGUCACACUGUACAGAAUGUUAUUUUAUUGACUACUGCAAAGUAGAUUAUACAAUAAAUGUGUGCAAAUCAGUUCAGAAAUGGCUAAUUCAUUUCUAUAACUUUGGCUCAAACUCACAAAUUGUGUGCAUUUCCAGACUUAAUCGUAUAAAAUAUACAAGUACAGGAUAACCCUGGCUUUUAAUGAAAAAUAUGCUUCGUUACAUUAUAUCUUACUAACAUUUAUUUGAUACCUGUUAUUUUUGAUUGUUUUAUGCGACAGUGACAUGUAAGAUAUAUAGGCUACUGUAACUUCACUUUAGGACUCAUUUUGGAAAGAUAUGAGAAUUUAUUUUUGAUCAUUGUUUAUACUGCUGGAACACACACAACAUGUUUAAAAUAAAAACACUGAUAA